AUGUACUCUUCGGUCGAGCCCGAUCUGCCUUAUGACAAUGGGUAUCUUAUACCGCCGCCAAACCAGUCAGAAAACGGUCAAGUUUUCGACGGCAGAGAAGACGCGGAAGCAUCAAGAGUUGUGGACGCUGCCAGCGAUUCGCUCUUUAACAAAGAAAAGCAAGCCAAGGCUGCGCUAAAAGAGCAGCGAAACCAAACCAGCGCGGCCAAGCAGAUGGGCAAAUCGGUCACCAUUUCGCAGACGGAUACCGGACUCCAUAUUGGCGGCGUGUACUGGACUGCGCCCGCUGAUGACAACACUAUCCCUUCAUCUCCAGCCGAGAUUAAUACGUGUAUCGAUACACUCACAAAGGCGAUACAAAAUAGGGAAAAUUGUAGAGAAAAGACUACAACAGGCCAGCAUCGGAACCGUUGGCUAGCGGGAUCCACCUAUUACACUGAGGACCAGUUCAAGGCAGCGGCUCGCGAUCUCGUACUUGCCAUGGUCGAAAUCCACACGAACGGGUGGACCAAGACCAUUUACGACAAGGGUGAGCGUGAGAACUGUCAAGUAACGAUGUUUUACACUUUCGAAGAUCGUUUCGAAGCUCUUCGGGAGCUUCUUCACUGCUCAAAGACGACGUGUCAGGACAUUCUGAAGGGUACCCGAUUUUAUACUAUCAUCGGAAACCCCCGUACCCUUACCUCCCGCACGGCGACCAACAAAACUGCCAACGCGCACAAGGCCGGCCUGAUCGCAAAAGGCAAAGUGACUACCGAUAGCGAGGAGCACCAGGCCAAAUCGUCGUACUCCAGCCUUGAAGAACGUUCUGACAAGGAACAUCUUCCAGAGCCCACGAAGUCUCUUCAACCGCGAAAACCCUCCAACGGCAAGAAACAGACUCAUGAAGAUAUCCUCCAGCCAGAGGGUGAAGCGAGUGUUGAUGUUUCCCGCCCAAAGGUGGCUGCCAAGAAGCGGCGCAAGGCGUGA